AUGGACCAAGUCAAUGGACAUGCGGAAUGUGGGGAAGACGACAGGGUACCUGUCUACUCAAUCCACAACGUACCCAUCACCGAAGAAAGGAAACCAUAUAUCAGCAGCAAAAACUCUCGUCUACAACACGCAGCGGUUGCGCGCGCAAACCUCGCCCCGUCAGAAGAAUCGCCUGAAGGCAGCACGCAAGACGACUGGGCAAAGAAGCACUCGCAUCAAACAGUCCUGCAACAACACUGCGACUUCUUCGACCGAGAUCAUGAUGGUGUUCUCUGGCCACAAGACACUUUCGUCGGUUUCUACCGCCUAGGCUGCGGGCUCUUCUUCUCGGCUUUCGCCGUCUUGGUCAUCCAUAUCAACUUUUCGUAUCCCACGUGUUCAGGAUGGCUUCCGGAUCCUUUCUUCCGUCUGUUCUUGCACAAUGUGCAUAGAGCGAGACACGGCAGCGAUACGGGCACGUACGACGCCGAAGGAAGGUUCAUCCCUUCGAAGUUCGAAGAAAUUUUUAUGAAAUAUGCCGAUGGACGAGACUAUUUGACUGUGGGAGACUUGGUCAAUGUAUUGAAGGGGCAGAGGAAUAUCAAUGAUCCGAUCGGAAUGUGUGGCUUCAUCUUCGAAUGGACUGCAACCUAUAUCACGCUUUGGCCUGAAGACGGUCGGAUGAUGAAAGAGGAUAUUCGCGCAGUAUACGAUGGCAGCAUAUUUCAACGAAUCGCUGACAAGCGUGAAAGAAAGCUGGCAAUGAAGAAGAAAAGCCAUUAG